AUGAGAUCCAUGACUUUCGUGUCGUGGGUGGCUGUCAUGCUGACUAUAGUCGCAGUAUCCACAGUACAGGCAGCAUCCAAGAACACGACAGGUUCGACGUACCCGACCAAGUCUGGGAUUGAGAUCUGGGUGGAUCCCGCCACUCCUAAAGACCGUCAGACGUACAUCAGCUCUCGUGGCCGGAAAUGGGAUCUGGUCAUGAGUGACGAGUUCAAUACCAAGAACCGGAGCUUUCGUCCUGGUGACGACCACAUGUGGACUUCUCUUGAAAAACCCGACGGUGUGAACGGCGCUCUGGAGCUGUACUCGCACAAUAUGACGAGUACCGCUUGCGACGACGACGACACGUGCUACUUUUACAUUAAGACCAUGGACGAAGUGAACGUCAUUCGCGUCUACAACAUGUACACGCGUCCCGCUGGAUACCAGAACGCCUACUUCUGGUACCGAGCGGCUAUGGUUCAAUCUUGGAACAAAUUUUGUUUCCAAGGAGGAAUGCUCGAAGUGCGGGCUCAACUGCCUGGUGCCGUCACAGAAGCCUCGGGUAACCCUGAUCUGGCACUGGGUAAGUCCGGUAAAGUCAAGACAGCCAAGUUCUACCCUACGUGGCCUGGUAUUUGGAUGAUGGGGAACCUAGGUCGAGCCAUUUUCUCGGCUUCGACGAACCGCAUGUGGCCCUUCUCCUACAACCGAUGCGAACCGGAAGUGUUUAACCCGGAAAACCAGCGUAUUAACGCCUGUAACGACAAUCCUGGCUACGGAAUGCAUCCGAAUCAAGGCCGUGGAGCUCCUGAGAUCGAUCUGCUUGAAGGUGGUGGCCUCGCUAUCUCUUCUUCACUGCAGAUUGCUCCUGGUAUGCCCCUGGACUACCGUCUCUUCCCUGCCGACCCCAAGGGAGCUGACGUGACCAACCCGUACUGUGUGUUCACGUACGAUUGCCUGACUCCUGGUGCCAAUAUGAUCGACGUGCCUACAGCUUACUACAAGAAGGAACGUGGCCACAAAUCGUGGUAUCAGGGUCUUCGCUAUGGAGCGAAUAACCAGUGCCAACAAGUUUCUUCGGAGAAACAGGACUACGACACCGUCGCCGCUUCUGUGAAGGCUGGUAUUAAGCAAAACACGUGUACCGUUGAUACGUGCCCAGCUUCUGGCGAUGUUAACGGAGAGUUGAGCUUUAUCGACGAUACCAAGACUGCUCACUGGGGUAUCAACUCGAACGGUACCUGUUACCCUCUUAUGAACUCGUACAUGGGCGCCUAUCUGUGUGAUCCUGACAAUACGGACAAAAACUGUGAGAAGCCUCGUAACUCGACUACACCCAAGACCAACACGAUGAAGCCAUUCAACUAUCAGAUGGAUGCCAUCUCGUCUAACUGGCCUAUUCACUUGGGUGGAUACCUGGGCUAUCUAAACUACCAGAUUGAAUGGGUCACGGGCAAGAACGGCUACGUACGUUGGAUGCUGGACGGCGCUCCGCUCUUCGAAGUCACGACCGAAGCGUUCUCAAACGUCCCGCAGAAUAGCAAGAAGGAUAACCCGCAGAAGGUGAUGCUGGAAGAGCCUAUGUACAUGAUCUUCAACGUGGCGCUGUCUAGAUCGUGGGGUACGACGCCACCGAACCCAGGCAUGGAAUGCCGUGGCGAUGGGAACGAUCCUGUGGCCAACGCGAUCUGUGACUCGUUCCCCAUGUACAUGAAGAUCGACUACAUUCGCGUGUACCAGGACCGAGGAGACGACCUCGAGGACGACAACUACAUGUCGCUCGGUUGUGAUCCGGCCACUCACCCCACUAAAAAGUGGAUCGACGGACACAUUGACGAGUACGUGGACGACGACAACCCGUGGAAGGAAGUUUCGGGCAAAGCCUUUUGCAAGAUCGACGACGACUGCACAAUUGGCGGGAACGUCGGUACGACGGCGCUAAAGACUGGCAAAUGCGUUAAGAACCGCUGCCAAUGCACGUACUCGACAUCGUGGGGUGGCCCGCGUUGUACGACUGCACUGUCUGGAUCGACUAGUACUAGUGCCAGUAGUCUGUCCAGUCGUGCGUACGGCCCGCCUAUGGGUCUGUCCAUGGGUAUCGCUGCUGUUAUCGUCUUCCUGUCGUGUGUGUCGGUGUACAUGAGUAUGCUUUCGAUGAAGAAACAGGCUGCGCUACUGACCAAGACGACAGCACAGGCUAAGAUGGCUGGCAGUAUCGAUGAUGGUAGUGUCAACCCCCACGGCAACUCCACCGGCCAGAGACCCAAGGACAACUACAGCCAGAACUUUGUCUAA